AAUAAAUAAUAAAACAACAAAAAAACAAAAAAGUACUCUGCGGCUCUGCGGCUCUGCCACUGCAAUAGAAUAGAUCCUUAAACCACAUCAAGUUCCUUUCACCUUCUCAUUUCUUCCUUACAAUACAAUUAGCACAAACCUUCUUUCCUUACAAUAAGCAAGGAAAGACUGCAUACAGCAAAAGUGAAGGAAGAGAGGCAAGCCAAAGACUAGUAAUUGUAUAAAAAGCUUUAUUAAAAUGCUGCUCAGAAGCUCAUCAACCCCAGUCAUUGAAACACUCCUCUCACCCUUCUCAGACAGUCCCAAUAGUGCUCAUCAUCACCAUUUCAACUUGACAUCUUUUUCAUGCAACUCUUCUUCUCCAAACUCCCAUUCUGCUUCUGGGUUCAUAGAGUUCAAUCCAGAAUCCAAGAGUUUAGGACUCAAAGCGAUUCGGCGAGCUUGGUCUGACGGAAACUUGGAAGGGCUAGUUGAUAGUUCUUGUGAUAUGGAAGAGUUUCGAAAUUCGGUUGCACCAAGAACGUCUUCUUUCUAUCAAGAUAACAAUUCAAUGCUGGAAACAGCUCCGUCUUUUUCGAUAUUUCACUCGGGCAUUCUUGACUUUCAAGGUUCAGAUCAAGAACCACUGGAGAGGACCAUUACAAUAGGAGAGAACAUAGAAUCGGUGAUGGGAGGUGGGGACUUCUGUUUUGGGAAGAAGAGUAUGGGAUUGAUUGAGGAGAAGGGUGAAGAGGAAGAAGAAGGUUUGGAUGGGAUCCAGAGUUUGCGUGUUGAAGAACAAGUACGUCCUGCAAGUCCUCCCAUGUAUCUUGCAGCGGGGCUUGGGGUUCAGGCUGCUGGUUUUGGUUGGGAUGCUUGGGAUGAUGAAUUAUCUAUGGCAAAUAUCGAUGAGAGCGGCAAUGGAGAGGAGUAUUAUAAGAGGAUGGUUGAUGAAUAUCCCUGCCACCCUUUGUUCCUUAGGAAUUAUGCUCAAGCUUUACAAUCCAAGGGAGAUUUCCAUGGAGCUGAAGAUUACUAUUUGCGCGCUACACUAGCGAAUCCUCAAGAUGGUGAGUCUUUACUUGAGUAUGCUAAGCUGGUUUGGCAGCUCCAUCAUGACCAAGACAGAGCCUUGAGUUACUUUGAACGUGCAGCUCAAGCUGCUCCUGAAGACAGCCAUGUUCUUGGGGCAUAUGCUAGUUUUCUAUGGGAAAUAGAGGAUGACCAGGAAGAAGGUGACAAGGGAGAUAGUAUGAAUGAACUUGAAAACACCAAUUCCAAAGAAGAAACUAAAAAAGUUAGUCCAUCCUCACACAUUCCAGCAGCAAAUGGGAUUGACAUGCUCGAUACUGCCGCAGCUGGCUCCAGAAGAGGUGAUAAUGCUGAGGAGAAUUACAAGAUGAUGAUUGAAGAGAAUCCCAACAAUGCUUUGUUGCUAAGAAAUUAUGCUCAGUUCUUGUGUCAGUCCAAGGGAGACCUUCAAGGAGCAGAACAAUACUAUUUGCAGGCCAUGCAAGCUGAUCCUGGGGACAGUGAGAUCAUGGCGCAAUAUGCUAAACUGGUUUGGGAACUUCAUCAUGACAGUGAGAAGGCAUUGUCUUACUUUGAGAGAGCAGCUCAAGCAAAUCCUGAGGACAGCUAUGUUCUUGCGGCAUAUGCUCAUUUCCUCUGGGAAGCUGAAGAUGAGGAAGAUAUGGUAAUGCAAGGCCACAUUCAAGUGCCUCUCGUACAAGGAGGAACCAUGAGCGCUGUGAAUGCCUGAAUUCCUAACACAGCAGAUUGCAGAACUACUAAAUCAGGUUCUAAUGCUGCAUAGGGUCUGAAGCUGUACGUAGAGAUACACCACCACUAUCAAAGUUUUAAACUGAGAAACUUGGUGGCCUUAGAAGUUAGUUAAGUGAACAUUUUCUAGAGAAAAUGGUUGUACUUUUAAUCUGUUAUAGAUGCCAUGCCACCAGGUUUAUGUUCUAUAUGUUUCUGCUACAAUGUUUCUGAUAAAAGCGGUAAACUUGUAAUAAAUAAUUGUCGCUCGAUAGUUCGGAAUGGAUCGUAAUAUGAUCAGUUGCUCAUUUCCUCAUGCUUCA